GGGUGGAUUGUUUACCGUAAUUUAGGGUUAGGCGUGAACACUACCAGUACGACAAUGAAAAGCGGCGGACCGCUGCUGUGCGACUGUGUGCGAAAUCUGCAUUGCCCUCUCUUCACAACCGCCGUCGAGACAUGCACGCUUCAAAGGUCCUGGCAUGGGUUCCUCUAGCCCGCCGCUGCUGAAGACGUGGUUCUCGUGGGUGCUCUACUCGGCCAAAGGCUGCUUGCGCGUCGCCAGCCUCUCCGUAGCCUUCCUCACGCUGUACCUCGAGCUGCACGGCAGCCACCCCACGACCGCGGCACUGCUCCUGCUGCGCCUGUCGCGUCGCCUGCGGCUGUCUGCGCUGGUGUGUACGCUCACGCGGGAGAAGCAUCGCGACAUGGCAACGGCGACUGCAAGGGCCCUGGACCGCCCAGAGCGCACUACGCGGCCAGAAAACACAUCAGGGGCCGGCCACGCCGCUCCGCCUCGACCAGACGGCGACUCUGCUUCCUCUCCAUCCGCGCCCACCGUCCCCCAUCUCUCGCCCGUCCGCGCGAUGCCUUCCCACGUUCGUUCCAAGACCUCGUCGCACGCCGACAUCGUGCGGCAGGGCAAGCGCUUGUCGCUCCAAUUCCCAAUCCAACCUACUGCUGGCAGUAGUUCGCCCGUCUUUUCCCCACGCUCGCGGCCGCAGUCGUGGAUGGCUGCGCCGUCGCCGCUGCCGCUGCCGUCGCCCGAGGCCGCGCCCGCGUCGCCCGAGACCAACAUCCUCGCCGUCCUGGCCGCGCAGGAGCGGUAUGUGCUGGAGCUGCGCGAAGAGCUCGGCAAAGCUGAAGAAGACCUCAAGACCCUGAAGAAGCACUACGCCCUGCACGAGGCCAGCAAGCGCCGCAACGACGUGCGCAAGGUCGCCCAGCUGCAGCCGCUGAACACGGCCCUCGCCAACAUCGACGCCGCCCACGAUGACGAAGACGGCGGCAACCUGUGGAUGCAGCGCGAGAUGGAGCGCCGCAAGGCCCUGCUGAGCAGCACCAAGUCGUCGCAGCGCAAGGUCUUCAGCGGCUCGCGCCACCUGCGCACCCUGUCGCUGCUGUCGCCCGACCGUGCCUACGCCCCGACCUUCCCGCUAUCUGCCGGCCUCGUCGACGACGACUUCGCCAAGCCCUCGCCCACACCCACACCCAUGCGCACCUCGACCUCGUCCGACGUGUCGCGCCAGCUCAUCGACGUGACCAGCAACGACUCGCCCAACGUGCAGCGCGACAACCUGCUGCGCACCGGCAAGCAGCUGGCCAGCGACUUCAGCAACGGCCUGUUCACCUUCAUCGAGGACAUCCGCCAGGCCACCGUGGGCGACGAGGCCGUCAAUGGCGCCGAGUCGCCCGCGCCCGCGCAGAACAGGGAUGGCUCUGCCAAGGUCAUCCGAAACACGUCCGCCAGCAGGCCAACCCUGGCCCGGUCGGCAAGCUCCCGGAAGUCGGUGCAGAAGAAGCAGUCGAUUGGCGAGGACUUCUGGUCAGAACAUGGUCUGAGUGAGCCCAAGACCACCUCCGUGAACAAGAAGACUCAUGCUUCCAAGGCCUCACGCACCCCCGAAAGGCAAACGGCCAGGAGCAGCAACUUCGAAGAAGACUGGGAUAACUGGGAUAGCCCUGGCACCGCCUUCGUUGCGAAGACAACCGACAUCCACACCGACUCGGACGAGUCAGACGCCCUGUCGCCUGCCAACACCAGCGACCAAGCCACCAUCAGGCACCACCCUCGCCGCCACGACUCGAAGAACUCGUCGCUAGCUACCAUCAGCUCUGCGAGCAUGCCCGACACCAGUGCGUCGCGCGACCCGAAGCGCAACUCGAUACCAUGGCCCGACCUGGUCAACUUGUCGCCGUCGAAUCUGAAGCGCACAGCUUCGCACUUGAUGAAGGAGUGGGAGAAGCAGCUCACACCGCCGCCCGAGUCCAGGCUUUCCAGCCACACCCAGGGCGACUACAUCGGCCGCUCGGGCUCGCCCGGCAGCCUUAUCUAAUGACGAACGAUCUGUACAGACGACUUACAAUUGACGACGCUACGCAUCUAGACCACAAUGUCUAAACGAAUAUCUAUUCAUAUUCAAUUUCAACGGGGGAGACUUGAGCAGGUGGCUUGGAGUGGCACUUGACGGCAUGGCGAAACAGGCGUUCGUGGUUGCCGCUGGCAUACCUAGCAUUACAUAUCCAGCGAAGCAUAGCAUAGGACUUCGAAAUAUAUUGCAUACUUUUA